AUGCCUAGUGCAUUAAAGAGAGCAGACCAGAAAGAUCAUUUAUUCUGGCAUGAACGUGAUUGGUUUAUUAUGAUUGAAUGGGCUAAAAUGCUUCCAAUUUAUCAAAAUUUGGAUUUAAAAGAUAAAUUGUCUCUGCUCAGGCAUUCAGCUAUCACUUUUCCUUCAUUAGUUCAAUGUUUUUACACCCCGGAUGUCGGUCCAGAUACCAUAGUUUUUCCGGAUGGUACAUUUUUUGAUAGAACAAUGAAUUCUGACAAGUCAUUAGGUUUUCAACGUAAAAAUUUCAAAAUGUUAGAUAAUUUAUUAGAACCAAUUAGAAGAAUUAAAAUUGAUCAGAAUGAAUUUGCUGGAGCUAGAGCUGUUUUCUUCCUCAAUCCUGAUUCUGAUGCUGAUGAUUUGUCUAUGUCAGCAAAAUCACAAAUAGCAGUCGCUCGUUCAGCGAUAACAAAUGCUUUAUAUCGUUAUAUGGUACAAAAAAGGGGUGCUGCGGAAGCUGCUGACAAAUUUGGAAAAUUGAUGGUAUGUUGUUUACUUUGUUUGUGGUAAUUGAGGGGCGUGACAAUUGAGGAUACUACGUUUGUGAUGAGAUUGGCAAAAGAGGAUGCGACAAUUGAGAAAACAAAAGGAAUGGGGUACAAAAGUUUAUCUAAACCGACCAAAAA